AUGGCAUCCCCUACCAUCAGUGAGAUUCUUCGAUCGGAUCUUCACAAACUCCAUGCCCCUUCCUCAGCUUCAAUCACCAACAUCCAACAACUUUCCUCUUACAAUUGGAUUGAGGCACCAUCUGGCAAACCUACAAUUGCAAUACCUGGCUGCCCGUCUCUUUGGACCUCUCCAAUUGGUUCGAAAAGAUUACCAAAGGAUCAUGGUCGUGUUUACAUUGCCCAAAAUGCAUAUCGUCACUCACAAAGUCCGCUUGAGCCACUUUUCCGCGCUUUGUACUUCAGCAAUCCUUCGUAUGACAUUCGUCAAAUUGAUAUUGUGACGGACCGUAACAACAUUCGUAAACUUCUCUCUUACGUCAAGGGCGGGGUUAGAUUGGAAGCUUUUACCUUCAAGGUCGAGAUGGUAGAAAAAACAGCAAUCUUUUGCCGAGAGGAGACUCGAACCUAUGAGGAUAUUGGACCACAUGAUUUCAGAGGAUACGGACAUGAGUUUGAGAAGGCGUACACCAAGAAUGAAAUUGAGGAAAGCACAGGCCACCACAGAGUCAUAUCUUAUCGCUUUGGAAACCUCAAUAUCAUCGUUCGCCAUGAAACAGAUGGGUACACGAAACCAAAUGCGUUGGAAAGCAAUGAAUAGGUCAACGAUAGUCUAUCUAGCAUAUUCGAAUCUCUAUCUGUGUCUCCUUCAAAAAGCGUCACCACUAUGCCCGCAGGAUCAGUACUGCAUAUCAAAAAUGAAGGACAUUUAGUUCCGCUUGAAUCAACCCUCGAAAUCAAAACCCGGGUCUUCCACAAGCCUCUCAACUUCAACGACAUCGCGCCGCAGCUCUGGGUGUCUCAAACUCCCCAGCUCGUACGAGCAUACCACAACAAAGGAACUUUCAGUGAGGCGAGGGUUGAAAAUGUAGCUACUCAUGUCAAAAAGUGGGAGGAAGAUAAUCAAAAGGAUCUGGUGAAGAUGGCGGCGCUGUUUGAGAAAGUAGUUAGCUUGGUGAGAGAGAGUGGUGGAAUUGCUAUGGUCAGAUAUGACGUUAUUAGAAAUAGCUUGGUGGUUCAGAUGUGUGGGGAUGAGACCAAAAUGUUGCCAGAAGAUUUGUAUAGCAAGUGGAAAGAUGACAAAAAGUCAAAGGAUAGCGGUACUGAAGGUACUGAGACAUGA